UACAAUUUGAGUGCUAUUUUUAUUUUAUUUAUAUGUUAUGAAGACAAAAACAGUGUUUUUUUUACAUCCCGCGAACACAGUGGGAAGUCUGCAUGGAAUAAUACCAUUUGAAAUAUAUAUUUUUAAAACAUCGUUUGUAAAAUAAGUGCAGUGCUAUUUUUACCUUUUACCCUAUUUUGAUGUCUUAUCUUUGAAUUCCUAAAACUUUCAAUAAAGUACUAAUACUUAUUGAAAUAAAGUUAUACUUAAUUUUACAAAUCUGUCAAAUGUCAAUAACCCGACGUAACGACCCACUGUCGGGCAUCUGUCAACGGCGUCGCUCGUUGGAAUGCAUUCAAAAAUAACCGUCCAGCCAAACAACAACACCAAGCGUACGCCGUGUACCUACCCCUGUGUGCAGUGCAGAUAAUUAUUUGUACCGUUCUUGGAAGUGAAUUUUACCGUGCAUCCGUAGUAUGUCUCAGCCGAGUGAGAAACAGACCGAAACCUCGCCAACGUACGGAACGCCCACACUGAACGACUGGAAGCUAUAUUUACGAAACUUGCAACAACUUCCUACCCAGCAAACGAUGGCAGCGCGGGAUUCAUCCUCAUCCGAAUCUUCCUUCGAGCUGGAGGAAAGCUUCAAAGCGCUGCUGCAGCGCAAACGACAGGAAAUGCAGGAAAAGGCGUGCGAAGAACAUUUCCUUGCCACCGAGGGUGGCUCUCGCGACGCAGCCCGAUCGGCUCCGGUGCCGCAGUCCGGCAACGAUUCAACGUUUCUCGAGCGGGACUCGAUAAGCAACAUAUCCGAUACAAGUUUCGAGGAGAUGGAGAAGAUAUGUGCCGUGCUGGACAAGGUGAACGGGUUCGACACGAGCGUGAAGGAGGAGAGACACAAACCGGCAACCGCCACUAUGCCAGGGUCGGUAACGCUGCUGAGCGAUGUAACGCAGCUGGAGGAAAUCGACGAACCGUCCGGACUGUGGGAAAACACAAUACUGCCCGGUGGUGGUGGUAGUGCGGUUGAACUUUCACCCGUCAAGCGCAUGCAUCUGCUUCGGCCGUCCACAAUUCUGGAGGAAACAACAACAUCCUCGGCGGAAGCGUCCAAAAACUCGUCCCUCGAUACGUUCAUCUCGGCCAAACAGGCGGUGGAGGAUUCGGACAAUAGAAACUCGGCGAUCAGUGGCAGCGAGGUGUACCGGACGGCACAGGAUACGUUCGGGACGGAUUCUUACGCCCGUAGCAGCAUACUGGAUAUGGAUUCGGGCGUAACGAGCGACAUCACGGCGGUCGAUAAUCGUACCCGCCACGAACGGGAGGACGAAGAAUCGGGGUACAGUAAGGACUCUACCAGAGAGGCAGGAGAGUCGCUGCUGGACGACAUGGAGCAGCAUCAGCAGCAGCAGCAGCAGCACGUUAUCAUUUUGGACAGCAGCACGAGCGAUUGUGAGGAAGAGCGGGUAGAUGAACAUGGACCUGCGGGGUACGAAACGCUGGAUAAUGCAGACCCCUUAGAGUCGAUGGUCAGCGAGCGCGAGGAAAGCCUUCUGGAACGGGAAGGAUCACCCUCGUACUACGAUGAGCAUGGCGAGACGACCGAAAACUACCCGGACGAAAUGUCCGUGAUGGACGAAAUGCCUGACCGCUUUAACGACACACUCGAGGAGACGGACUUUAUGCUGAAGCAGGGCAUGAAGCUGAUGGCACUGAAGAAGCAACAGCAAGAGGAGGAAGAACGUCGCAGGGAGGAGUCGCAACAUUCGUACCUGUACCGUGAGCAGCUGGAAAGCAGCAGCCAGGUGGUAAAGUCUCGCACCAACUCCAACUCGGAGGACGGUGCCCGUCCAAUGCUGCACACACCGAAGGAUAAGUAUGCUGCGAAGGGGGGUACAACACCGUCAGGAACAUCGCACAUGUCGUAUCUGACACCUACCGGAAGCAUGGGUGCCAAAAUGGCCCACGGUUCACACAGCGGCGCAAAGCAGACACUGUUUUCUAGCGUGGGUAAAACGGCUGCUCCAAAACAUCCAACCCCCAGCGGGGCGGUCACUUCGUCGGGAUCGUUCAAGAAACCGGUCAGCCGUUUGCCACAGCUGCGGGUACCGGCGGGCCGCAAGUUUGAUCACAUCGUGUCGCCCAUCGGCGCUUACAUCAAGCAAACGCCCCAGAGCAUGCUGCAGACCAAGAUUAACCGCCACAACAACAACAUGAACCUAAUCGAUGUGCUGCACAGCGAAAAUCGGGACAGUGCCAUUAGCACUGGCAGUAGCAGCGGCAGCAGCAGCAAGGAAAAUCAUGGCGUCAAUCUGAAAGGAUACACGUCUACGCUGCCGGGCAAGGGUGUGAUCAGCUCGAACCGGGCCCAUGUGCUGGAUGAGCGAAACGUGGUGCGCAUCCCGGGCGGCGAAAAGAUGCAGAAGCUUAUCAACAACUCACCCACGAUGGUCAUUCGCCACGAGGGGCGCAUUAAGUACGCCGAACGGGCGGGCGAUGGUCAGCAGCGCACACUGGCGCACAACAUUAGCGCCCUCACCGACGACAGUUUGGUCGAUCUGUCCGUCCUGUCGAAUGAUGUGUCCGUCCGCGUGCUGAAAGACGCCAAACGCUACCACUGAUAAUGCACAGAGAAGUGAAAAUUGGAACUACUUUUUUAUAUUUAAUAAUACGAUUUAUAAUGAGGAAAGAUGUUAUAAAUGAAAUAUAAUAUUAGAAUAAACUAUCGCCUGAUAAACACACACACACUUCUCCUAUUGCGACUGUGCCUGCUUGGAGCGGCAUUUUGUUGGUGGUUUAAAGUACUGCUUCACCUUGGAUUCAACGUAAUCGUACUUUCGCUUUUUGGCCGGCGGUAAACGUUUCCUUAGCGGCUGGCUGCUUUCCGCCAUGUCUGAGCUGAUCGAUAUGAGAUCGUUUUCGAAACGUGUGUACGAUUCAAUGUCGUUGAGCGUGAUAUCGCUAUCGCCGGUUUCCCCGUUGCUGGUGCUGCUGCGAUCGGAUGCAGAUGAGUAGGAACUCGUUUCGGCGGAAACGGUUACAGCAGCCAAUGCAAUCUUCUCUUGUUGGAUCUUGUCCGCCGAAUUGGCAUGUUGAUUGUCAGCGUCCGGCAGGAAACAAACCAUCCCGGGAGUUGGAAGAUUUGUUUGUUCUUCUGCUUUGGCUUCUCUCAUCGCUGCAAGGGAACUGAAUUGUGGAUUAUUGCAAAUGUAACGUACUUCAUUGCGAGUUGUAUUUGCAUACGUACCCUUUGUGAUGUGAUGUUUCCAUUUGAGCAAAGAUUACAAUAUUCAACCAAUAGCCUUGAAGUGGAAAUCUGGGAAAUGUUAGAUCUCUUUGUGAGAAUGCUAGAAAAUACAUUCUUUUGAAAAGCGCUGUGGCUUUCGAUGAGCAUGUGCUUCACUUUGUUUUGCACAGUUAACUAUGAUUUGCUCUUUGGAUUAUGUUUUGUUUGAGAGAGAGCGUUUUCUUUAUGUGUUUUUUGUCCAAAAAAUAACAUAAGAAACGGCUUUGAAAUGAUUUUACCAAUUAUAAUACGAAAUGUUUAAUUUAAAACACAAAAAAAAAAACAAUAAAAAUCAUUUCGUACGUUAUGCGAUCAAACGGUCUUUUUUUAAAUUAUUCCAAAAACUUUUCAACUGUCAUCGUAGUGACCGGAGAACGUGCUCGGUGUGUCCUUCACAUCCACACGACCGGUUGUUGUUAUGCAAGAGACAUCAAAACAAACUGUUUCUUCUCCCGUGGCAGCAGGAUGAGAUACGGUCGAUCGCGCAUACCGGAACUGCUGAUUAUCUCGGUAUUCGGAAUCGGCGGUGGAUUUUAUGUGUUUCAACCAACCUUCCGGCAGCUGCAACAACAACGCACCGGUACGCCCGCUACCGAACCAGCGGCUACAAACUCCAAAGGAACGUAAACAACAACAAAAAAUCAGCAAUCAUGUCGAUGCCCGCUAUUUCGCGCAUGUUUCAAAUGCUGAAGGGAUCUCCGGUGGCAGUCGUCGGUGGAACCAUUCUGGUGACGGGAUCGCUGCUCUACACGUACCGCGCUGUGUAUCGUCCGUUUAUCACACGACGAGAGCGGGCCGAAUCGGAAGCAAUGGCAAACUACAUUUUUCAAAUGGAGCAAUCGAAAGGGCAACGACAGACCAGUGAACACAGUUGAGCUGUGAUGAGGGGGAUGAAGAUUGGUUAAUAAAUUUAGCGAAGUACAUUUAACCAUAAA